UUUUGGGUAAAAUUUAGCGACUCAGUUGGGUUCGAAUCAUUUUAUGGAAGAUGUCGAACAAAUUUGUCUUUCGAAGGAAAAAAGAACAAAGCAAAAUGGCUUCAAGACAGUAGCCAGAGCUAAGGGAGACGACGCUCGGAUUCUUCAUCUACUCCCAGAAGAAGAGGCGCCGCUUAACUCAGUCAUCGGAAAUAGCAAUGGAAUUGGAGGGUGUGGAUGAUCUUGCCCUUCACCUGAUUUUUGCGAAAUUAAGCCCUAAAGAUUCUGCCGUAGCUGCUUGUGUUAGCCGCCAAUUCAGGUCUUCAGCGUCCGAAGAUUCUCUAUGGGAGAAAUUCUGCAACCAGGACCUCAACCUCACCGACCCAAUUGAUCAUUUGGGAAACCUAAUUCCUUCAUUCAAGGAAACGUAUAAAGUAUGGCGCAGAGCUUUUGGGAUGUAUCCUUGGCCUCUGGUCAAGCGAGUUAAGGGAUGUUGGGAUAGACUCAAAAAUUGGUUGAGUACUAAUUUUCCUGAGGCUCUGGUGACACUUCGGGAUGGUGCAUCAGAAGCUGACAUUCAAGAAUUGGAAAAUACUUUGAAAGUGAAGCUACCUCUUCCAACGAGGAUCCUUUAUCGUUUUCACAAUGGUCAAGAAUUAAAAGGCGGAUAUGUUGAUAGUAUUCGAGGCUUUCCGUUGGGUUUAAUAGGGGGAUACACUUUCUAUGGACAGACAGUAAAUGUUUAUUUGUUGCCUCUAAAACAGGUGGUCUCUGAAACAAAAUCAAUCAUUCGAGAUCUUGGUUUCUCAAGGAGAUCCAAAUUUAUUGUUGUAGCUUCCUCUUCUACACUCACUGAGAAGGUUUUCUUCCUUAAUUGUGCUUCUGGUCAACUCUUUGUGGGUACUGCAAAUCUUCGUGAAGAUGGAGAAAUGAUCCCCUGUGUACCUGGCGCAUUGAUAAACUCAGUCCAUGAGUGUAAUGCAGAACAGCAACAAGAUGCUAUGUUAUUAUGGCUAGAAGAGCAUGUUCGGCGCUUAGAAAAUGGUAUUAUCAAGCUUCGUGAAACUAAGAACAUUAGAAGCAUCUCUCUUUUUCCUGAAGAAUCUCCCUUAUGCUCUGCUGCAAUAACAAAUGGUGUCCGUGUUCGUGCUUCUGCUGUCUUUAUCCCGGAGUUAACGGAUCUUCUCGAUAGUGGUGGAAACUAUCAAUUUGCAUAUUCAAUCCGCAUGUCAUUACAGGAUGAAGGUUGCAUCAUAAAUGGGAUAACAUUCAACUCAUGCCAAUUGCAUCUUAGACACUGGAUAGUUCUAGCUAAUGAUUAUCUGGUUUCAAGAGUUGAUGGAGAGGCCGUUAUUGGAGAGCAUUUGGAAUGGCCUUAUAACGGAAGAGCAAUGCAAGUGAUUGAAAGAAAAGAACCACACAACCCACCUAGCUCAAAAUGGAAUUUGAGCAUUUGUCCUUCCUUUUCCACUAAUAUGAAAUGAUUGACACUGUGGAACUUAUUUAUCUUUUUGUUUAUGAAAUUUGUAUUAAUUACUUAAUCUGAUGACUAGGUAUUUAUAAGUUCUAUGGUUUCAGGACAUGGUAUGUAAUUGCCUAGGUAGAAUAAGAUUUCCUAGGUUAGAAAAUGAUCACCUGAGGUUGGCUGGGUUUGGACAUGUGAUUUAGAAAAUGAAAAGAGAAAAACCUUGAUGUUUGGUGGGAGCUCUAUAUCACCAGACACCGUAAGAAAGGAGAAUAGUUAUUUGGUGCUUUGGAGUGUCCACCCUGCAUCAACUUUCUGCAUUCUUUAUUUUGUUUUCUCCUCUUUUGAAUUGUAUGUAUUAUGAGAGAUGUUAAGAAGAUGGCAUUAACGAACAUUUGAAGACCCAUUAAUGAUCAACCUCUGGCGCUGGGAUUAUAAAUUUCAAAUUUGAUA